CAGAGUCUGCAUAAUUUCAAAAGAUGUGCAGUAACGUUGAAUUAAAGAAACCAGUUUUUGGUAGGGAGUGUGUUACACUGUCUUCUUGUGAAAAUGUUUCACAUGAUGAUGAUACAUAUUAUGUAGGAGAUGUUUCUACAAACAGUAUAAACAAAUGCAACUUGGAUGAGAAUUCAAGUGACUUACAAUCUGUCAAUCAAAUUUUGCCCAGAUAUUGUGAUACAAACUAUUACAGUUCACGUCCAGGUGCAUUCUUUCCCUGGCCCCAGAAUGUAGCAGGUAAAAUAAUAGGAAAGCGUAGUGGUCGAAAUUCGGCUCCUAGUGCUUUGCUUGGAAUCGAGAUAGAACACCGUCCGCCAACAAAUAUUCCAGGAUCGAUUAAAAUGGCGUUUGGUAGAGCUGCACCUGGCUAUUACGCACACAAAUCUUCAAAUAAAAAAACAUGGUUCGAUUCCGAUGUAUUGCACCAUCAUGUACCUAUAUUAAAAUUUGAUCCAUCUCCACGUAAUCUAGAUGACUAUAAAAAGUAUUAUGAUAAUUAUAAAGAAUGUUUGCAUAAUGUGAAUAAACUGACAGAAUAUCAAGAUAAAUAUUUAAUACAUACACCAUCGUUAAAAAAACCAACCCGUUAAUUAUUAUCUUUUAGCUUUGAGUAGAUUAUAUAAAAUUCAAUUUAUACAUAGAGUAAGUCAGUGAAUGGUUUGAUCUUUACGGAUGAUUAGAAAGUGUAAAAAGAAAAAAAACAAUCUUUGUGUUUCUUUUCAUUUUUGGUUUCCUUUCAUUGAUUAACUCGUGCUCAUUGUUCAAUGUAACAAGCAGUUUUUCAUGUGCAUUCUUAUAAAUAAAAAGUAG